AUGGAGGAGUGCAAGGCUGUGGCGAGUCCUGUGGAUGUCAGUUCUCGACUGAUGUCAAGCAGCACUGCGAGCAAGAUCGAUGUUCCAUUCCGUGAAGCUGUUGGUGCUUUGAUGCAUCUGACGACUGCAAAACGACCGGACAUUGCCUAUGCUGUGAGCUUUGUGUCGCGCUUCAUGAAGAUUCCCCAAGAAGAACACUGGGUUGCGGUCAAGCGCAUCUUUCGCUACCUAUAA